AUGUACCUUCCGUUCCUGAGUGAUGCGUAUCCCGACAUCCUGGGCGUGUUAGUCAGCUGGCAGUAUACUCCCUGCUCCUGUCGCCUCAGCAAAUCGACUAGGUCAUCAUCCUCUGUCGUGUUCAAUCUCGGUCGGCACUUGUCCCCUCACAACCAAGCGGCACUCAGUCUCCGGUUCAUCUCAAGCCGCCAAGGCCCUCACUUUUACUGUGAAUUCAAUUUUAUGACGUACUAUGGUGAGAUGGUGGACGAAAAUGCGCAUAGGAUGCUGGGCGCGAGAUGGGCAUUCACUAGCAGGGGAUGUGAACCUAUUCUGGAUCGGCCUGAGGGACUGAAUUAUAUCGCACUUCGCAAGAAUAGUACUCCCUCACGCUCAUUGCCACAGCCUUGCUUCAUAUCGCUAUUCUACUUCUGA